GCAUUCAUUAAUUCAUGAAUAACAUGAUAUAGCUGUUUGUAUUGUCAAUAGUGUCUUUGGUUAUGCUUCUGUUUGAAGUUCAAACAACUGCAUGUUUAUUAUGAUAUUUGUACACACAAGUUGUUGCUGAGGAAAGUAAGUGGAACAGAUUGUCUAGACUGGAGAAUAUGGCAUUGGUCAUCCACUGUUUUUGGGGAGCGAGGAUGAAGCCCCUGAUGAUGUGUUGGAAGGAAGUGUGAGACUGGCUUGAUGUGGGAAUCAGUGUAGCCUCAUCAUGCAGUUUUGGAAAAAGGAAAAGCCGAUAGAAAUAGAACGACACAUCAAAGGCAGUGAUCCAGCAUACAACACACAGUUUCUGUAUGCUAACAAUUACAUCUGUACAUCAAAGUAUUCGAUCAUCUCCUUUUUGCCAAAGAAUAUUUUUGAGCAGUUUCGAAGGAUUGCCAACUUCUACUUCUUAUGUCUACUUAUUCUGCAGGUGAUCCCGGCUAUAAGUUCUCUGCCGUGGUAUACUACAGCAGUGCCCCUGGUCUCUGUGUUAGGGAUAUCUGCCAUCAAAGACCUUAUUGAUGAUGUUCAAAGACACAGAAAUGAUGCAUUGGUCAACAACAGAAAGUCAUGGGUCCUCCGCGAAGGCAAAUUGGUGGAAGAGCGAUGGCAUAAAGUUGUUGUUGGUGACAUCAUCAAAAUGGAGAACAACCAGUUUGUGGCCGCUGAUCUCUUGCUCCUGUCCACAAGUGAACCUCACAGUUUGUGCUACAUAGAAACAGCAGAACUAGAUGGGGAAACCAAUUUAAAAGUAAAACAGGCCCUUCCUGAUACAGCAGAAUUAGGAGAUGACAUAACACAGCUUUCCAAAUUUGAUGCUGUUAUACAAUGUGAAGCUCCGAACAACAAUCUGAGUAAGUUUGAGGGAAAUUUGACCUGGCGAGGACAGAAGUAUUCUUUGGACAACGAGAAGAUGUUGCUGCGAGGCUGUGUUCUCAGGAAUACUCAAUGGUGCUAUGGACUAGUCAUUUUUGCAGGAAAAGACACCAAGCUGAUGAUGAACAGUGGCAAGACAGUCUUCAAACGCACGCAUAUCGACCGCCUUAUGAAUCUUAUUAUCAUUGGGAUAUUCAUUCUGCUGCUUGUCAUGUGCCUGACAAUGACCGUAUCGGUUGGUAUAUGGGAAACUCUGGUGGGCACAAAGUUCACUGUGUACCUCCCCUGGGAGAGUUUUGUCCCCGGCUCAGCAGGGAAAAGCGGGAAUGUGACCGAGGGUGCUACUACCAUCGCCCUGUUGAUCUUCUUCUCUUACAUCAUCAUCUUCAACACAGUGGUUCCCAUCUCUCUCUAUGUCAGUGUAGAGAUGAUCAGAUUGGCCAACAGUUUUCUGAUUAAUUGGGACAACAAGAUGUACUAUGAGAAGACCAACACACCAGCCAAAGCUCGCACAACAACGCUGAACGAGGAACUCGGACAAAUCGAGUACAUCUUCACAGACAAAACAGGAACAUUAACUCAGAAUAUUAUGACCUUUAACAAGUGCUCCAUUGAUGGCAAGUCCUAUGGAGAUGUGGUGGAUGAAUAUGGAAACCCAAUGGACAUCACUGAGAUAAUUAUCAAAGACUUUGAAAAGCAAACAGUGAAAGUGGAUUUAGCUGACAACCCUUUUGCUGAGGAGAGUUUCGAGUUUUUUGACCAGCGUCUGUUGGAUGCAGUGCAUUCCAACAAGCCUUUAGUUCACGAAUUCUUCAAAAUCCUUGCUCUCUGUCACACGGUGAUGCCAGAAAUCAAAGAUGGCGUCUUGGAAUACCAGGCCCAAUCCCCGGACGAAGGAGCUCUUGUGUCAGCCGCCCGAAACUUUGGCUUUGUAUUCAAGUCUCGCACACCUAACACCAUCACUAUUGAUGUCAAUGGAAAAGAGGAAGUGUUUGAUUUAUUGUGUAUAUUGGAUUUCAAUAAUGUCCGAAAGAGAAUGUCUGUCAUAGUUCGAAAGAAUGGUAAAAUACAGCUGCUGUGCAAAGGAGCUGAUAAUGUGAUAUUUGAACGUCUUGAUGAAAGCUGUGUGGAUGCCCAGGAAAUUGUCACUCAUCAUUUAAAUGAAUUUGCCAAUGAUGGUCUGCGAACACUCUGCUUGGCUUCGAAAGACAUAUCCGAAAGUUAUUGGAAUACAUGGAAGGCCAAACACCAUGAAGCAAGUGUGUCCAUGAAUAAUCGUGAUGAGAAUUUAGCCAAUGUGUACGAGGAGAUAGAACAGAAUCUGAUCUUGGUCGGUGCCACUGCUAUUGAAGACAAGCUACAAGACGGGGUCCCAGAUACUAUAGCCAACUUGGCGGCAGCUGGCAUCAAAAUCUGGGUACUUACUGGAGAUAAACAAGAAACUGCUAUUAACAUUGGAUACUCCUGUCGUCUGCUUACGGAUGAAAUGGAGGAUGUUUUCAUUGUUGAUGGGGAAACACAAGAAGAAGUCAAAAAACAGAUGACGGAGUAUCUCCAAGCCAUCAAAGAUCACAAGAUGGAGAGACAGAACGAGGAGAAUGUUCAAAUGUCCAACGGAGGAGUCUCCUUCAAUGGGUCAGCUGCUGAACUGAAUGUAGACAUGCCAGGAUUAGACUUUGCUCUAGUCAUUAAUGGACACAGUUUGUACCAUGCUCUGAGGCCGGACCAGGAGAACCUGCUGGUGGAGCUGGGCUGUAGCUGUAAGGCCAUCAUCUGUUGUCGAGUGACUCCAUUACAGAAAGCCCUGGUGGUGGAUCUCAUCAAGAAAAGCAAGAACUCGGUCACGCUCUCUAUCGGUGACGGGGCAAAUGAUGUUAGCAUGAUAAAGACGGCUCACAUCGGAGUCGGAAUCAGCGGACAGGAAGGCAUGCAGGCCGUUCUGGCCAGUGAUUAUUCAGUUGCACAGUUCCGAUACCUAGAGCGUCUACUUUUAGUGCACGGACGUUGGUCUUAUUUUCGAAUGUGCAAAUUUCUGAAGUACUUUUUCUACAAGAACUUUGCCUUUACAUUGUGUCAUCUUUGGUUUGCAUUUUUCUGUGGAUUUUCGGCCCAGAGUUUAUACGAUCCAUAUUUUGUUUCCUUCUAUAAUGUGUUUUAUACAUCAAUGCCGGUUCUGAUUUUGGCAUGCUUCGAUCAGGAUGUCAAUGAUUAUUACUCAAUAAGGUAUCCCAAGCUGUACACGCCGGGACUUCUCGACUCCAUGUUCAACAAAAAGAUGUUCGCUUUCAGUGCAGGAGAGGGGAUCUUCACAUCAAUAGUGCUCUUUUUCAUACCUUACUUUGCCUUUAAAUAUGGCGUCCACUACGACGGCACCGAUCUCUCUGAUCAUCAGUCACUAGGCUGUGCUGUCGCAAGCACCUUAGUUGUGGCUGUUAAUCUAAGGUGUGCUUUGGAUAUGUCGUAUUGGACAGCCUUCCAUCAUGUGGCAAUCUGGGGCAGUAUAAUAUACUAUUUCUGCUUCAUAAUAGCCAUGUAUGCAAGUUCUUUUAACUACACCUACGAGGGUGUAGCCUAUCAAGUGUUCUCAUCAGCCCAGUUCUGGUUCACACUGCUCUUGACUUGUACGAUACUGCUGGUUCCCGUCAUUGCCUAUAGGUAUUAUAAUCUGGAUGUUCAUCCAACUCUUACGGAUCGUAUCCGACUCAAGCAGAGACUUACGAAAUCCAAGUCGCGCUCCAAAGACCUUCACCUGCGACGUGCCUCAACGCUUCGGCGUAGUACAAGGUCGUUGCGUUCUGGUUACGCUUUUGCCCACCAAGAAGGCUUUGGUGAACUUAUCACUAGUGGUCUGAACAUGCGAAGCAGGGCGGAGAAAAGCGAGCAAAAGGCAGUGGAGUUGACUAAAGUGAAAAAGAUAGAAAAUCCGCCCCUGCCUAAUUAUGAUGACCUCUAUAAGGAUAAUCGCAAUUCUAAUGGCGCCUUGAAUACAGUCAGCAAUGAAAAUAGUUCUGCGACAGUGAUUGUGGAAAACCCCACACACUACCACGACCCAGAUAAACAUGUGAUGUUCUGUGAAAAGCUUUAAUGUGGGCAUUCAUAGCAAAUUAAUUUAUUUUUGAGAUGUUGUUUGAUAGGGAAGUGAUUAGAAGACGUUGAUGUCUGAUUGUUAUGUAUUUUUACCAUGUACUGCUAUCUGCUAUGUUGACAUUAUCAUCAGGUUCUUAAACUUUUAUUAUCUAGAGAGACUAUUUUUCGUAAAUCUUUCUUUGUAUAUGGAAUCUUUUUGUAUCAAUUUAUUAUGAACAAAAUCAAAGAGCUUAAUUAUGAUUAAGAAAUUAAGGACUUUUUGUAGCAUGAUUUUUUUGUAACAUUUUAAGAGCUAAAUAUUUAUCAAUACAAAGUACAGAUCAGGAAUUUACUCCUUCACAAUACUUACAGAACUGUAAAUUUUAUUAGUGUAUUUCUUAUUGUAAAUUUCACAAUGAGGUGCCAAUUUUCAAAUAUUUUCAUUAUCUUAAGUUUAACUGAAGUUAAAACCUCUUUUGUGGGAGGGAUAUGUUUAUUUUUAAGAAACAUAAAAAAACAUCUAUAUUGAGACAUUGAUAUGUGUACUUUCAUUGACGUUUGUUUUACUAAACUUUUGCUAUUAUAUAAACAUUGCAUUUUAUUUUUAUUUUUUUUACACGUCAAUGUUUUUUGAAAUUUUAAAGGCGCAUGAUAUCAAAUUAAGUAUUCAAACUUGAACUGCUUGUUUCAUCCGUGACAUUUUGUUCUCCUCUGUUAAAUUUUAUUUUUAUAUUGGAGCAUAAUAUUUUGACAUUGACUUUGUAUUUCUUGCUAGAAACUUUUUAACAUGUUGGUACAUUUUCAAGAAUAAACACAGCAUUAAUUCCUGUCCUCUAUCAGUACUCCUACGAAGACGGUCCAGCUGCUCCAUCAUGCCAGUUAUUUUCUUCGUUUAAUUCAAGUAUCAAUGUAUUCCAGUACCUGAAAAAAGGUGAAUAUUUACAAACUUAACUCGUACAAUAAAAUAGUAUUCCUAUACGUAAUAUAAUGCAGAAAUUGUUUGUAAGCAAAUAAGGAUUUUUAUUUCUAAUUUGUUUUUCAUAAACAAACUCACAUCGACUUACAAUUAUGUAGCAAUGUAUGUUUGAAAGUCUGUUGGUAUUAGAAGUGAUACUGGUAUUCAUACAAGAAAUGAGGUUUGAGCCACUUGUACACUGUAAAAUCGGCAUCAGCUGGACAGCCCUGUCUGAAUCCAUUAACUUCAUUUAGAAAGUAAAAAGUUGUUCAUUUUAGUUCUGAACUGGAUUUAGGACUACAUUUGUUGACAAAUGGACUUUUACAUCUACAUGUGUACAAAGACUCGAAUUGCUAUGGGCAAGAUUUCAAAAUUGGCAGUUACAAGGUCAUGUGACAGAGGCCCAAAUUUGUGAACUACCUAUGGAUACGGGUAAAAGUAAUUCAUUAUACAUCAAUUUUAUAGCCAUUUCUGUUUUAAGCAAGCCAUUUUAUCUUUUAUUUUUUUAUUUUGCAUAUGGAACUUGUUCUUCAUUAAUGGACCAUCAUUUACUGGUUCUCCAUUAAUGGACCAUCAUUUACUGGUUCUCCAUUAAUGACCCAUCAUUUACUGGUUCUCCAUUAAUGGCCCAUCAUUUACUGGUUCUCCAUGAAUGGACCAUCAUUUACUGGUUCUUCAUGAAUGGACCAUCAUUUAGCUGAGCAUUAGUUUUCUCUCAUCUCUCUUGUACAUUAUAUAGCCAUCAUUCUUUAUUCUACGGGUGUAUUGAAAAGUCUCAUUUUGAAAAAAGUGACCACACUUCAUUUAUGAAUUGUAAUAGUCAAUUUGCACAACUGAUAUAGACAGAUAAAAUGUGUAAGGUCCCAUCAAUAGGAUGCCAUGGUUAUUAAACAUGAUAGUGAUAAUUACCCAAUGUAUAACGAAAGUCCUUUAUCAAAAAACUGAAAUGCCUCGCUCCUACAUCAUUGCAAACCCAAUUAUAUUGGAUGAUGCGAUGAUGACUUGGAGUGAUAUAGGAUUUAAAAUUUUGGACAAGCCCCGGACUGUUAGAGUUUUACUUCUAGAGGAGACUUUAAAUUUUACGCAUCCAAACAAUGGCUGUGUUCAGCAAAAAUCUACUUUGUGCAAUUGGGGGGGGGGGGGGGGGGGGGGGGGGUGUAACUGCGUAGAAGUCCAAAUUAAUAGUUAUCUUGUUUUUGAUUUUCUACCUUCUCUGUAAGCAAUGGCAUAUUACCAUAAGGGUUGUGAUUUCUGCAGAAGAGAGAAAGAAGGGGGAGGGGGUGUUUAAUGUGGCAUUGCACAAUUUUUUCUCUCAACAUUUAAAUGAAAUCCAUACUAAAGUGUACAAGAAAUGUUUAACCAUGUUUAUGACCAUAUUUAAAUGUGAUAGACUUGCACCUUUGGUGAUUAAACAGUCCUGCAGAAAUCGCUACUGAAGUGGCAUACCAACAAGAUAUCAAUCCUGGCUGUGUCAAUAACUAGUACAUAUCUUUAUUUCUGUUAUGCAUGUAUUUUGCUUUGUAUUUUAUGUAUUUAUGAAUAUCAUAUUAUCUAUUUACAUUUCUAUCGAGAUAUCAAUUUAUGUUAAAUGUUUUGUGAGUAAUUUUAUCAUAAAUUAUUCACGGAUUUAGUUUUAGUCUGUUCAAGUUUUCAAUGCAUGAAUACGGCAAUAAAUCUAUUUUAAUUAAA